UAGUAAUGUUGACAUGAUUCACUUUUUAUGGCGCACAAGACGCGCGCACUAAAAAAUAUAUUUAGCCAAACCUCCCUCAAGUCUCAACUCAAGUAGUUCUCUCCUCCUCUCUCUUUUUCAUUCAUCUUGGUAUCCAAAUUCAUUGCUAAUCAUCAUGGCAAGAAUUGUGUUGCUGUUAAUGGCCCUCUCCCUCAUCUCUAUCCUCCCUUUACUUGCUACAGCUAUGUUCCAUAUCAAAGGUUGCGUUUAUUGUGAUACUUGCCGUGCUGGAUUCGAAACCAACGCCACAUUUUACAUCCAAGGUGCAAAGGUGGGAAUUAGGUGCCAAGACCGGAAGACUAUGGACGAAGUUUUCUACACGGAAGGAGUGACAGAUUCCACAGGAACAUACAACAUAAUGGUUGAGAAUGACCACCAUGACAAUAUUUGCAAAACUGUGCUUGUUAGCAGCCCAAUAUCAUCGUGUAAUACACCUGACCCUGGGCGUAACAGAUCCAGCAUUGUGCUCACUCACUAUAAAAAUGGUGUCCUCAACCAUCUUCACUAUGCAAAUGCUAUGGGUUACUUCAAGGAUGAUCCCUUGCCUCAAUAUUGCCAUCAACUCCUUAAAUAUUACUUGUCUGAUUCAGAUGUUUGAUCAGUAACAAUAAUCUGUUCUGUUUGUUAUGUUUUAUUCACUAAUUACUAUGACAUGUUUUAUUUACUAGUGUUUAAGUAUUUGUUGUGAACAUCAUAGUUGGUACUAAGUUCUAGUUACUAUUUACAAAUCAGUUUUUUCUUCUUCUAAGUAAUUAAGCCACUUAAUUGUGGUAUAUAUUGAUUAUAAUGAUGUAUUGUUGUUGAAGUUUUACAGCGUAACGUGGUAGUUACUAGCUACUACUUUUUUUGUUGAUUCA